UUAUGUAAUCGACCCCUUUAUUAUUCACAUAUUUCUUGUAUUGCCUCGUCCAUGUCCUGUUGCGAUUGAACAAAAUGAGUCCCGAUCUGCCAGAGAUUUAAUUUACCCAUACAAUGGCAAUACAUAAAAGAAUGCAUCUAGGCACUAUCAAUAUUUAAACAAAAAAUACCACAUGGUUAUCCUAUGUUUCUUUGAGGCUGGUUAUUCACAUCAGUCAUGAAAAUCUUUUUUGUGAGAUUUCAAAUCUUAGGUCUUCUAGUUUUCAUGCUAAUUACAACAGGAAAAUGCCAAAUUUGUGAUGCUGAUAAUGGUCCGAAAUUAUCUAUCCCAAUCCAGGGAAGGCGACUUGUAAACCAUGUUUUAAAAACACUACAAGAAGGUAAUCCGAUGUUGUGCUAUGCCGAAUGUCAGAAAGACAAACGGUGCCAGAGCAUCAACUUUCUUUACGACAGUCUGACGUGCCAACUGAAUAAAGGGGACAAGGAAGCGAAACCGGAUGAUUUUGCUGAAUAUGAGUAUGGGCACCAUAUGGAGCUGAGAGUUCCUUUGGGGAGUGCAUACAAAUUUCCAGCACUCUCGUGUGAGGAAGUAUUCGCCUGCAACCCUUUUUCGGAAAAUGGGAAUUAUUAUCUUUCUCCAGACAGCCACACGCCUUUUUUGGUAAGAUGCGUGUUUGACGAUGCCCCUGUGGUCUGGACUGUUAUUCAACAAAGAAGUUCGGACUCUGUUGACUUCAGACGAACGUUUGAUGAGUACAGCGUAGGGAUCGGGACUCCUGGAGACGACAACUUCAUGUUGGGUCUUGACAAUAUCCACAGGCUGACCAACAGUUCGGGCGCGAAAAUGCUGCGUGUGAGGCUUCAAGAUUGGGGUGAUAUUAUCAGAGUCUCCGAAUAUGAUAACUUUUCAGUUGGAAACAAGGCUCGAAGUACAUCCUUGCCCUGA